AACUACGGUUGAUGGUGUUUGUACAGGGAUUCGCGGCCCCGUACCGUACGCCAAAGCACAAUCCAUGGGAUAUUCCCCGCAAAUUUCGGUUUUUUUUAACUAGACCGACUGGAUCAGUUGAAGCACAAGGAGGAAACAGUUGCUAGCCCAAACCCAAACCUAGAGCUCGUUAUUAGGGGGAGUUGUUGCAUCUUCUGUGUGACUGUGUGUAUAUAUAUCUCCGGCCGUGGGCGGUGGCGAGUUCUGUUGAGGGAGGAGAAGGGGGUGGCCAGAGAAAACAGGGGCAGAGGAAGCAGAGUAGUAGAGCCAAGGCGAGCGUAUCAAUGAUGGGGCCUCUGCCUCUCCGCCGCCGCGUGGGCGUCCUCCUGUUCCUGGCCCUCGUGCUCCUGGGCGGCGGCGGCGGCGCGGACGCCGGCACGACGAGCUCGUACAGGCGGAAGCUGGAGGCGACGGUGGAGAUGCCGCUGGACGCCGACGUGUUCCGCGUCCCGCCGGGGUACAAUGCGCCGCAGCAGGUGCACAUCACGCUGGGCGACCAGGAGGGCACGGCCAUGAUCGUGUCGUGGGUGACGGCCAGCGAGCCGGGCAACAGCACCGUCGCGUACGGCGAGGACCCGGCGAGGAUGGAGCGCCGCGCCGACGGCGCCCACACGCGCUACGACUACUUCAACUACACCUCCGGCUUCAUCCACCACUGCACCCUCAGAAACCUCAAGCACGCCACCAAGUACUACUACGCCAUGGGGUUUGGCCACACGGUCAGGACCUUCUGGUUCACCACGCCGCCCAAGCCGGGCCCUGAUGUGCCCUUCAAGUUCGGCCUCAUCGGCGACCUUGGGCAGACGUUCGACUCCAACAUCACGCUGUCGCACUACGAGUCCAACGGCGGCGACGCCGUGCUGUACGUGGGCGACCUCUCGUACGCCGACAACCACCCGCUCCACGACAACAACCGGUGGGACACGUGGGCGCGGUUCGUGGAGCGCAGCGUGGCGUACCAGCCGUGGGUCUGGACGGCGGGCAACCACGAGCUGGACUUCGCGCCGGAGCUGGGCGAGACCACGCCGUUCAAGCCCUUCGCGCACCGGUACCCGACGCCGUACCGCGCCGCCGGGAGCACGGAGCCCUUCUGGUACUCGGUCAAGGUCGCCUCCGCGCACGUGGUCGUGCUGGCCUCCUACUCCGCCUACGGCAAGUACACGCCGCAGUGGGCGUGGCUGCAGGCGGAGCUGGCGCGCGUGGACCGGAAGACCACGCCGUGGCUCGUCGUGCUCACGCACUCGCCCUGGUACAACAGCAACAACUACCACUACAUGGAGGGGGAGACGAUGCGGGUGCAGUUCGAGCGCUGGCUCGUCGACGCCAAGGUCGACCUCGUGCUCGCCGGCCACGUCCACUCGUACGAGCGCAGCCACCGCGUGUCCAACGUCGCCUACGACAUCGUCAACGGCAAGUCCACGCCCGUCCGGAGCGCCGACGCGCCGGUCUACGUCACCAUCGGCGACGGCGGCAACAUCGAGGGCAUCGCCGACAACUUCACGCGCCCGCAGCCGGGCUACUCCGCCUUCCGGGAGGCCAGCUUCGGCCACGCCACGCUAGACAUCAAGAACCGGACGCACGCCUACUACUCGUGGCACCGCAACCAUGACGGCGCCAAGGUCGUCGCUGACGGCGUCUGGUUCACCAACAGGUACUGGAUGCCCACCGACGACGACACAAACUGACGAUCACCGCCGCAGAGGGAACAAAUUACUGAUAGAUCAGCGUAGCACGUUCCUGAGCUAGCCCCGCCCCCUUUAUGUUCUCCAAUUCAGUAAUGCAAUGCGUUUUUAUGAUUACUGAUGAAUGAAUAAGAAAAAUGGCUACGACUGCCCGCCGGUCAUCCC